AUGUUCAGAGCAGUGUUUGGAAACAAGAGAGACGGAGGAGGAAAACGUGGGGAGAAAAGCAAAAAACGAGAGUCAGGUGCUGAGGUCUACACCCAUAAUACCUUGCAGAGGAGUAGUUUUGGGCGUAUCGCGUACUUCCAGGACUGUGGCAGCGCCCGUGUUGAAAAACCAGGGAAACUGAAGAGGCUGACCAAGGGUGUGUCCAUAUCCUUACCCUCCUCCCCUCUACUCCCGCGCCAGUCCUACAUAGUACCAUCCCCGUCCUGCAUCAAGUCCCCAGGACUGAUAAGGAAGCUGGAGUAUGUGGAUGGCUCUUCCUAUGCGAGAGAACCUCCUGUGUUUGCCUCGUGCCGUGGCAAGGCGGACCACAGAGACCUCCACGUGGAGCCCCAGCAGGGCUCCUCCCUUUCUACCCAGGAACUGAUGACCAGACUAUGCUUCUUACUGGGAGAAGCAACGCCCGGCACAGAUAGCUCUCCUAUGGAGGACAGGAGGGGAAAGAAGUGUGAUACCUCAGCCCAGGGUGGGAGUCCCAGCUCCACUCUGACUUGCAGCACUGCGUCUCCCUGUUCAGAGAGCCCCUCUUCCACCCUGAGCACUGCCGCUGGCGGGCAGCCAGCGACCCUGCCAUUGUCCCUGCCUUUACCUCACUGUGGCUCCAGCACCAGCCCCUGUGGGACCCUCUCAAGCCCUGCACCCAACCCUCCCCCUUGUGCCAGCCCUGGACUCGUCACUGGUAACAGCCCUGGGCCGCCUCAGAGCCCAACAUCCACCCUGGAGAGCAAGGAUAGUGGGAUCAUAGCGACCAUCACUAGUUCCUCUGAGAAUGAGGAGCGCAGCUGUUCCAGUGUGGAUCUGACUAAGGAUGACGGCCCGGGGGGCAGAGCUGGGGUUGGUGGCCAUGCAAAUGAGGACCGCCAUCCCGGACAUUCCAGAGACCAUCUGACUGGCCAACCAGAUGAGGCCUUACCCAGAACAAACAUCAUGCAACCCAGGACUCCGCCCCCACCGAAGAGGCCGCUCCCACAACGCAACACGCACAGCACUUCCUCCCUCGUGAUGCCCCGCCCUAAUUCUGUGGCAGCAACCAGCUCCACGAGACUGGAGGAUCUGAAUUAUUUGGACAGCCAAAGGGUUUCUGGACAGAGGGGCUCAGUUCGCAAACACAACACAGCUGGUCGCACAAACGAUGACUCCAAAGUGAGGCUGGUACCAUUCAAGCAAGGCGACAUCAUGCUAAAGCCGCUGUUGUUCGAAGUUCCUGGUAUCACCGUGGAAACACCCUUCGUGGGCCGUGAUUGGCUGUUUGCGCGUCUGGAGAAGGUCCUGAGGAGAAGCAACAGCUGUGAGGGACGUGGUGCUGUCAUUGUGGGUAACGCAGGCUCUGGUAAGACUGCCAUCAUCUGGAGGUUGGUGACGCUCAGCUGCCACGGCAUGCGCACGCCACAGGGAGCGCCCGUCCCUCACAGCCCCAGCUCCUCCCCUAAAUGUGGGGAUAGGCAGGGAAAAGCAGCCUCCAACCAGCCUCCAGAGCCCGCUCCUGCCGGCAAAGAUUCCCAGCCCAACCCGAGUGCUGUUCCAGAGACGAGAGAAACCACAGCACAGAGGAAGGAGGCUGUCAAAUGCCUUGCUGCCAAGGUGGUGGCCUACCAUUUCUGUCAGGCAGACAACACCUACACCUGCCUGGUGCCAGAGUUUGUCCACAGUGUCGCCGCCCUGCUGGCCAGAGCACCACAGCUCACCCCCUACAGGGAGCUGCUGAUACAGGAGCCCCAUUUACAGAACAUACUCAGCCUGCGAUCCUGCGUUCAAGACCCCAUUUCUGCCUUCCGCAAGGGUAUCCUAGAGCCCAUCGCCAGCCUGCGCAAGGAGAGGAGGCUACCUGAGGAAGAUUACAUCAUAUUGGUUGACAGUUUAAAUGAGGCAGAGUUUCACAAGCCAGACUACGGAGACACCGUUGCCACUUUCAUCACCAAGAUCAUGUCCAAGUUUCCGGUCUGGCUCAAGCUGGUUGUCACAGUCAGGACAGGCCUGUUGGAAAUCACCACUCUUCUUCCCUUCUCUGGCAUCUCCCUGGACAUCCUGCCAGACAGCAGCGAUCUGGGAGCCGACCUCAGUGACUACAUUCAGCACCGGGUCAACAGCAGCACCCAGGUCGCCGCUAACGUCACCACGCCCACGGGCUCUGCCCCCGACCCGCUGCUUCUCAGCAAGUUCAGCAGCCACCUCUCGACACGGAGUCACGGCUCGAUUCUCUACCUGCAGCUCACCCUGGAUCUGUUCCACCGGGGCCACCUGGACCUGAAAGGAGGAAACUACCUGGUGGUGCCCGUCUCCCUGUCGGAGGUCUACCUGCUGAUGUGCCGUGCAAGCUUUCCGGAUGGAGAGGUCUUUGAACGAGUACUGCCUGUGCUAAAUGUGGCUCUGGCGUCUUUGCACCCGCUGACUGAUGAACAAAUGUUCAGGGCGCUGAAUGCAGGCAGCAUGAGGGGCGAGAUGGAGUGGAAGGACUUCCAGCAGAGAUUAGACAGCCUGGCUGGAUUUAUGGUGAGGCGCAGGGACGGCACACGCAUGCUGUGUCACCCCUCCUUCAGAGAGUGGCUGGUGUGGAGAGCUGAUGGAGAGAGCACUGACUUUCUCUGCGACCCCAGGAGUGGCCAUGCUCUCCUGGCCUUCAUGUUCUCCAGACAGGAGGGCAAGCUGAACCGGCAGCAGACCAUGGAACUGGGACAUCACAUCCUCAAGGCUCACAUAUUCAAGGGUCUCAGUAAGAGGACAGGCAUGUCCUCUAGUGUUCUCCAGGCCAUAUGGGUGAACUGCAGCACAGAUAGUCUGUCCGCUGCGCUCGGCUCCCUGAGGAACCUCUACACACCUAACAUCAAGGUGAGUCGUCUGCUGAUCCUUGGUGGGGCUAGUGUGACCUGGUGUGCGGAGGUGGUAGGCCACGCCCCCAUUCUGGGUGUUCACGCCCACCUGGGACAUAUGGAGAUGGUGGCUGUGCUGCUUGAAAUGGGGGCUCCUGUAGAUGGGACCAACGACAGCGGUAUGACGCCGCUCUGCCUGGCCACAGCUGCAGGACACUCCGACUUGGUCAGCCUGCUGUGCAAGAAAGGGGCCAAGGUGGGCCAUGUUGAUAAGAGUGGGCAGUGUUCUCUGGUCCAUGCGGGGUUGAAGGGCCACACGGAAAUCAUCCACAUCUUGCUGGGCCAAGACUGGGGAUCAGAGAAUCCCACUGACCCUGAGCAGCAUUGCAGUGAGGCUGUGACUGAGAAAAAACAGGCAGUGCAGCAGGCGCUUACGGCCGCCUGCAGUGUGGGACACACACAGGUGGUGAAGAGCUUGCUGGACCUGAAUGAUGAACAGCUGGCAGCGCAGAUGGACGCUCACGACUCUCUCUGGGGAGAAACGGCGCUGAGCGCAGCAGCAGGGAGAGGGAGGAUGGAGAUGUGUGUGUUCCUCGUGGAUCGGGGGGCUGGGCUGGAGCUAGCCAACCGCAGAGGAAUGGCCCCGCUGCUCAGCGCUGCCAAACAUGGACACACACAGGUAGCAGAAUUGCUGCUGAAACGUGGUGCAGACAUAAGCAUCGGUGACAAGCAGGGUCGCACUGCACUGAUGCUGGCUGCCAUUGAGGGCCACGUGGGCACUGUUGAACUCCUGCUCUCAAAGGGCGCUUCUGUGUCCUCUACGGAUCAGGAGGGACUGACUGCACUCAGCUGGGCCUGCGUGAAAGGCCAGAAGUCUGUGGUGCCGCUUCUGGUGGACGGAGGCGCAGACCUGAACCAUCCAGACCGACACGGGCGGACUCCCCUCGAUUUGGCCGCCCUGAACGGAGACGCAGACACAGUGCAUCACCUGGUGGAGCAUGGUGCAGUGCUGGAGAGGGCUGACAACAACGGCACCAGAGCAUCAGAGCAGACCACCGGCUGCCAAAACCCGGCCCUGGUGGCCUCGCUGCUGAAGAAAGGAUCCAAGAUGGGCUACAGAACAGCUCCACACGAUCGAUCAGGUCAUGCUACAUGGGCUAUGGCUUCCUCCAAACCCGACAUUCUCCUCAUCCUGCUGCAGAAACUAAUGGAGGAGGGCAACAUGCUCUACAAGAAGGGACGGAUGAAGGAGGCAGGUCAGCGAUACCAGUAUGCCCUGAGGAAGUUCCCUCGUGAGGGGGUGGGGGAGGAGUUGAAAGGCCUGAAAGAGCUGCGGGUCUCCCUCUAUCUCAACCUCUCCCGCUGCCGCAGGAAAACCAAUGACUUUGGCAUAGCUGAGGAGUUUGCAACAAAAGCCCUGGACCUCAAACCCAGAUCUUAUGAAGCAUACUAUGCCAGAGCACGGGCAAAGAGGAGCAGCAGGCAGUUUGCUGCAGCACUGGCAGACCUCCAUGAAGCAGCACGACUCUGCCCCUCCAACCGGGAGAUCCGACGCCUGCUGGCACGAGUGGAGGAGGAAUGCCAGCAUUAUCAGAGGACACCGAGCAACAGUGUGCCACAGGGCCACAACAAGGACCCUCACUCUCACCACCGCCAACAAACCGAGGGGGAGACGGACAUCUUCUCACAGGGAAGCCUGGAGAGACAAACCCCUGGUGAGCAGGUCGAUGCAGAGAAGGAGGAGGAGGAGGAGGAUGAGGAAGAUGGAGAGGAGGUGGCUCUACAUUCUGGGAAAAGCCCAGAUAUUUGGCCUAUGAAUCCAUAUGCUCCGAACAGGACUCUCCCAGGAAGUAUGGCCUAUAGUCAGACAGAUCAGGGGCCUUGUUUUCCUCAAGAGGAGGUGGUGCAGAACCAACCAUUUGUGGAUAUGCCUGAGCCCGUUCCUCAAGUCAGCAGACAGCUCCAGAGCCAGGGAAGCAGAACCCAGCACCAUUGCCACUCCCUACAGUCCGGGAGCAGAGUAGGGGGCAGGCCUCUCUCUCUGUGUGGCCCCUCCAGCCCUCUGCCAGGCAGACAUAUGUCCACCUCCCUGAAACCUACUGCGGUGAUGGGCAUCGACAUCAGCCCAAUAUCCACCAAUGAGCACUCUGGACACAGCCCCACUGACCACUAUCACCCCAUGUCCCCCAGCAACUCUUCCCCUCCUGGGCCUCUCCAGCUCUACCAGCCAAGAUCCUCCAGCUUCUCCAGGGGCUCUGACAGACUCUCUGCCCACUCCAUGGCUCUGGAUAGCCUGCCCCUUUCUCUAGGGUCUAGCAUGGAGGUUAGGAGGGAGGGUGGGGGCACUGCAGGCUCAAGGGGCUCCAGCUCUAGUCAGGCCUCCAGUGGGAACCUGUCCGAUGGCGGCAGGCAACAGGUGCAGGAACCCCCGUGCAUCAUCAAAAGCAGUGGCAGCUUCAAGACAAAACCUGAGCUAAAACCCCGGCCCUUCAUGGGAGUCAUGGACAAGGCAGUCCGUGUCCAGGGCCAGCAAGCCACCGGGCUUGGCCGACAGGGCCAAGGACAGGAAAGUUUCAGUAUGUCUAUGAUGGAAUUCCAAGGGUUGAACAAUGAGUUCAAGCGCACCUCAUUCCAGGAGCAGCUCCCUGGAAGUCAGGCCAGCAGCCAGCAGCACGGCAGGGAGUUUGGAGAGCGGUCCCACCAGCGAGAUGCCAGAGCCACUGCAUCCUCCCAGCUCCGCUUCCCCGACGGGAGGCAUAGACAGGCCAGCCUGACGAGAGACAACCCAGCUCUUCACAUGGCUCCCAUCAAACCCAAACGCUCCUUUAUAGAGUCCAAUGUCUGACUUUAGUGUAUGAAAGCACAAAUACAAGCUGGUUUCAACAGACUAUGUCUCACAUGAGGUAGCAAGGGAGCCUGUUUUGUAGAGUUAUGCCGCUGCACUGCGUUUACAAUCUAGAACCAGUGUUAAACUCAGGCUAAUAUGCUUUUGCUUACGUGUCUACAGCUACACUAGUAAAUUCAAGAAAACCUGACAUACCUUAAAUAGGAAGUUAAAAAAAAUCAGUAGUAUGGUGUCUCAACUUUUGGUUUGUUAUAGCAAAUAUUAAACUAAUAUAGAAAGCAUUGUGCACGAAUAUACAAAUGCUCACAGCAUUAGUUGCAGGAUAUGAACAUUUCUAUUGUCAAGUGUCUAUUGAAGAACAUUUAUAUUUGUACGGUGUACACUAUAUUUGCAGAUUAUAUAUUUCCCUGUAAGUGGUAAAUAUCUGUCAGCAUUACAGGCUUCAAAAGAAAUUACUUUGUGUACUUAAGAUUCUUUUUCUUGGUACAUUUGAUAAAAAACAAGCACUGUACAUGACAUUGUUGAACUUGUCAUAAUCUAGCAUUGAUCGCUUCAGUAUGUACAUUAUAUGUUAUUUAUUUUUGCAUAGCAGAGCACAUAUUCAUAUGAAGUGUGUACUGGUUUAUUUGGACAUGAAAGAGAGCAUUUACAAAGCAAGAGUCAAGGAUAAACACCUUAAGAGACUUAUAUAUGUCCAUAGUUGUCAUAUGCCCUUUUCAGAGUCAUACUAUGGAUUACAGAAUGUUACCACAUUAUCACUGUGGUAUAAUAAAAAUUUAUGGAGGACUAA